AUGAACCCCCAUCGACCCCACCAUGCCUCCACCCAAUGCGGCAACGCCAGUCAAAACUUGCGAUUCUGGCCUCUGCUGCCGAUCCUCAUUGUCAUUGUGGCCGCUGUUACGGCGACAUCUGCCGCCUCAACGGUACAUGUUGGUACUCAUAAGAACUUCAUUUUGCUGCGAGUCCUUGACGACAACAAGGCUUUUUUGGGCCUUCACUCUCUCCUUGUCAUCAGUCAUCACAGGUGUGGGGAGACCUCCAUUCGAACAGGAGGGGCAGUGAGGACGAGGCAACUUUUGGCCAUGCCGUCAAGUGACAAUCCUACGGAGGCAAGGACGAUGGUGGAGGAUAUGCGGUUGGGUAUCACAAGGGUUGCAGCAGAAAUGCCAAAACCUACGAUAUUCUUCAAGGCCUGCGAGCUGUUAGGGGUGAAACCUGAAGAAGCUGUUUGGGGCAGUGAUGUUUACUCCUUCAAGGGGUUGCAGAACUGUAUUGUAAGUUGUUCUCCUUAG